AUGGGUUACAUUGUUUUCCAAAAAGGUGGAUAUGAUAAAGUGGGUUUUACCAACAAAGACUUACAUAACCACAUUAGUAAGACUCGGCGUGACAAAGUGAAAGAUGGUGAUGCAUUUGCUACGUUGGCCUAUCUAUUGUCCAAGGCAGACAGUGACCCAUUAUUUCUAGGAAAGUUCACCUUAAAGGAUGGUAGGUUGGAUAAUUUGGUGUGGGCUGAUGGAGCAAGCGUUGUUGAUUACGAAUGUUUUGGCGAUGUACUCGCUUUUGACACCACUUACAAGAAAAAUGUCUACAACAAGUCCUUAGUCAUAUUUUCAGGGACCAACCACCAUGGCCAAACAACUAUUUUUGGAUGCGCUCUGCUCUUAGAUGAAAGGUCCAAAACUUUCAAGUGGGCACUGAAGGAAUUUUUGGAAAUCAUCGAUGAGGAGGAUAUAGUGUUUUCAGAUCAUACAGCUCACAGAGAUGUAUUCAAGAGUUUGAUGCCAGGCAAGCCAAUUGUUUCUCUUGUGCUAGACUUAGUAGCAGAUAUGAUAAAGAUAUAG